GGCUGGCUCAGGGGAGUGAGAGAGCCGGACCCAUCGAGUGAACCUCUUUCCCUGGCCCCGCUGGAGCAUCAGCACCUUCACCCCAUCAGGAAGAGGCAACAAGGGACCGGAACGCCUUGGGGAACCCGAAGCCCCCACCAUGGCUGGGAUGGUCUGCAGCCUCCGAUCGCUGGUCUUUCUCCAGGUGCUCAGCCUCUCCCUGGCCCAGAUUAGAGGCCCGCCAGGAGAACCAGGGCCCCCUGGCCCCCCGGGCCCGCCAGGAGUGCCUGGCUCAGAUGGUCUUGACGGUGAUAAGGGACCUCCUGGAAAACCUGGCUUUCCGGGACCAAAAGGUGACCCAGGGAAACCAGGACCGAAUGGGCCAGACGGGAAGCCAGGGAUUGAUGGUCUAACAGGAGCCAAGGGAGAACCAGGCCCCCAGGGGAUCCCUGGAGUCAAGGGCCAACCCGGACUCCCUGGCCCCCCAGGUCUACCAGGCCCUGGUUUUGCUGGACCUCAGGGACCUCCAGGACCAGUUGGACUCCCAGGAGAGAUCGGUGUCCCUGGCCCCAAGGGGGAUCCUGGACCUGAGGGACCAUCAGGACCUCCAGGUCCCCCAGGAAAACCUGGCCGUCCUGGGACCAUCCAAGGCCUUGAAGGCAGUGCUGACUUCCUGUGUCCAACCAACUGCCCCGCCGGUGUGAAGGGGCCGCAGGGACUCCAAGGCGUGAAGGGACAUCCGGGCCGUCGGGGACCCCUGGGGGAAGCAGGCAGACAAGGGAAACCAGGGCCCAAAGGAGAUGCGGGUGCCUCUGGCGAGCAGGGCAUUCCUGGCCCUCCGGGCCCCCAGGGCAUCAGGGGCUUCCCAGGCAUGGACGGAUCCAAAGGGGAGAUGGGUCCCCAAGGCUACAAGGGGAUGCUCGGGUCCAUCGGCGCCGCCGGAAAGCCCGGCGAGGAGGGCCCUCGGGGGCCACCGGGCCGAGCUGGAGAGAAGGGAGAUGUGGGUGGUCAAGGAGCUCCAGGCCCCCAGGGAAGCGGGGGCCCCAAGGGGGAGAACGGCCUACCCGGUAUUGAUGGCAAAGAUGGGACACCUGGGAUUCCUGGGGUGAAGGGGAGCUCUGGACAGCCCGGGCGGCCCGGAAACCCAGGUCACCAAGGACUGGCUGGUUUGCCAGGUCAGCCAGGGACCAAAGGGGAACCAGGAGAGAAGGGUGAACCCGGCCAGAGGGGCUUCCCAGGACUGUCCGGUCCCCCUGGGAAACCGGGUGAGCCUGGGCCUCGAGGAGAAAUUGGCCCUCAGGGCAUCCAAGGGCUGAAGGGUGACCAAGGCGAGAGAGGGCCUGUGGGACAACCAGGCCUGCAAGGGAGAGUUGGUACCAAGGGGGAACAGGGGCCUCCAGGGAUCCCAGGACCCCAAGGUCUGCCAGGCAUCAAAGGAAACAAGGGCUUCCCAGGGAAGAUUGGUUCCCGAGGCAGUGGUGGUGAUCCAGGUGUGGUAGGUCUCCCUGGAGAAAAAGGAGAGAAGGGAGAAUCUGGAGAGCCAGGUCCCAAAGGACAGCAAGGCAUCCGUGGGGAGACGGGCUUCCCAGGUCCCACAGGGGAUGCAGGAGCCCCUGGAGUGCAGGGUUACCCAGGACCCCCAGGACCCCGGGGGAUCACUGGAGAAAGGGGUGUCCCGGGUCUACCUGGAAGACAAGGUGUGGCGGGCCGGGAUGCCAGUGACCAACACAUUGUAGACGUGGUACUGAAAAUGCUUCAAGAACAACUGGCUGAGGUGGCAGUGAGUGCCAAGCGAGAGGCCUUGGGUGGUGUUGGGGGAAUGGGUCCCCCAGGCCCUCCAGGCCCUCCUGGGUACCCAGGCAAGCAAGGUCCACAUGGUCACCCAGGCCCCCGGGGCAUCCCUGGUAUCAUUGGAGCUGUGGGACAGAUCGGCAACACGGGUCCCAAGGGGAAACGCGGAGAGAAAGGAGAACGCGGCGAUGAGGGUCGUGGGCAUCCCGGACAGCCGGGGCCUCCAGGAAUCCCAGGCCUUCCCGGCCGGCCAGGCCAGUCCAUCAAUGGUAAAGAUGGAGACCGCGGAUCAGCAGGCGCCCCGGGAGAGGCAGGUCGCCCCGGCCUCCCCGGCCCCGUGGGGCUCCCCGGCUACUGCGACCCCGCGGCUUGUCUUGGGGCCUCUGCCUAUGCUUCUGCCCGCCUCACCGAGCCAGGGACCAUCAAAGGGCCUUGAGUCAGGCCGGAGCCACGGGGUGGGCCCUGUCUCCUUGCCCGGUGCUGCUCCCCCGUCUGACGGACGCCCAGGCCCCUGCCCCAGAGGACGCCGGCUCAGGCUCUGCAGGCUGGAAGCUCCCAACGAAGGAGCCACGGAGGGGAAAUCAGGUAGAGUCCAGGAGCGUGGAGCGGCUCAGGGCCUCCGCUCGCCUCCCAUCUGACACUCUUGCCUGCUCCCACGUUCCAACAAGCCUCUCCGCCACCCCUGCCACUCCUCCGGGCUCUCCGUCCUCGGCACACACGGGCGGACGGAGCCUCGACAGCACUCACCGGCCGCCCGCUCCUCUUCCUCUCCACACGCGGGGGCCAAUGGCCAUCCUGGGCCACGAUGCAGCCUUCUCCCUCUGCGCUCUGGGGCAAUACCGAAGUCUGUCCCCUCUUUCCCAUCCAGAGCUGGGAGGAGCUGGGUCAGAGCCGUCCCGUUCCGGGCUCCCUUCCCAGCUGGGACAAGGCAGCUGAGGGCAGCAGCAGCACAGCCUGUGACUGGGGGAGGGGAGGAGGGCAGACGGGGCCGUGGCCUGGGAGAGUCCCUGAACCACUGGAAAACCAAAGGGAGUGCAGUCAUUCGGGGCCACAUAACUGUGUGCAUCUGUAACACGUACAGUGUAAUAAACGCCUCGCCCUGCCCACCAA